GCCUGGCCCCAUUGCUUCCUGCUUGUACUUAAAGAGGGUCUGAGAAGCACCAAGUGAUAUAUAGGAAUAAGGCACGGCAGUGGUGACAGACCGUGAAGGGAGGUAAUGCUGGACCUCAUCAUCCUCAGCCUUCAUUUCUUCAUCUGCUUUCUCAUCUCCAUUGCAAUCUGGUAUGGACCAAAGGAUGUGGAUUCACACAGCUCAAGCACACGAGGAGCUGAAAUGGAGCCAGAUUGUCUUAUACUCAUUGGCAAAGAAGAGGACAUAAAGAAGUCCCAAAGAAUAACAGCCAAAAUCAAUGGUAGAGAAAUUGUUGUUUUCUACCAUGAGGGGAAAUUUCAUGCUCUGGAUUCUCGCUGCUACCAUGAAGGAGGCCCUUUAUAUCUUGGAGAAAUAGAGGAUAUUGAUGGACAAGCAUGUAUUGUUUGUCCUUGGCAUAAGUUUAAAAUUACCUUGGAAACAGGAGAAGGAUUGUACGAAGGAAUAAAUCCUCUGGAGCCAUCACCAACACCAAAGUGGCAAUCAAAAGGAGUCAAACAAAGGAUUCACAAGGUCACAAUAGACAGUGGAAAUGUUUAUGUGAGUCCUCUAGAUUUGUCCGUGAGCUUUGACUCUGAUUAUUUUGCUGAAAAGUACAAAAAUGGUGGUGAAUUAGCUAUGGGAAAACAAAACCACUCAGAAGUCACAGAAUAGGUCAUGGCCAGACAGCAGAAUCCUGGGGAAUGCAACAAAUGAAGAAUCUUUAUUGGGAAAUAAAAAUGUACUGUGCUAUGA